AUGUUCAAAGGAAGAGAUCCUUGGCGGUAUGCAGACGGCGUGCGUGUCCCCUCCUUCUCGCGAAGGGAGCGUGCUCUGGUGCGACAACGCGACCGGCAAUUGAGACUCGAGACCCCUGCAAUGAGCCGCAAUGAAUACCUAACGAAAAUCGCAUCUGAGUUUGGGAACUCUGCGCCAGCCAUUGAUAAAUAUCUUCGCAACACCAACAAGGACAAUUUGACCUGGGACGACGAAUACAUAGGUGGACAACGUAAGGAUUUCUUUGGGUACGACUUUGGUGUCAAAGAUUAUUGCCCAACUCAAUCUGCUAGUGAGCAGACCGCAUCGACAUCUCUACAUGAGCUAAUACCAGCAACACUAGCCGAUGGCCAUAGUAAAGCUCGUGUCGGUGAUGCCACAGCUGCAACUGAAUGCGAUUCUUCUGCUGCCCCUGGCCAAAAACGGAAGAGGACAACGGAGCUCAAUGACUCUGCCGCUGAUCCUCAGCCUUCCGGUGUUUCUGAUACCCUCCCUAUAGCCGUAGCUACUGCCCUCACCACAAUCACGAGCUCAUCAUUCUCGGAGAUAUCUUCUGAUGAUCGGCAGCUCGCAGUCUUGCCGUCCUUCAAACGAAAACGCUUGGUUGAGGAGCCUAAUAUACUGGGCUACGAUGCUAAUUCGUCGGAUCGAACUUCUCAGCCAAUAGCCCAGGAUCCUGUUCUACAGGACAGUCCUGAUCCACUAGGCACAAAUCUUGAAACUUCAGCAGCCAUUGAAAGCUCAAAGUCUCGCCUCAGCUACAUGUCUACCUCAACUCGGCCUGGGCCUGUCAAUAUUCCUAUGCCUAAAUCGCGCCCAGCAAAGUCUGCGACACGGACGGGUGAUCCCCAAUUCCCUACUCUUAAACCCAGGUUGAUACGGCAUAGUAUACAGUCAAGUAAUAAUGCUCCAGAUGACCAAACACUCAAACAAUCAGCGCACCCCACUGUCGAGACCUUCCUUAGCUCGCUCAACAAAAUUCAUCUCAAAUCAAUGUUUGACAGGAUCGGUAUAUUGACGCAUACCGAUCUUCUCAAUGUCUCUCUUCAAAUUCGAAUGCCUCAGAAUCGGGAUGAUUUAAGGAAGUCGCUGCUCGAACAGGGUAUGACCUUGUGCGAUUGGUUUAUUAUUGUCGCUGGAGUGCAGGAGUAUUCAAAUCUCAGCUCAUAG